AGGUGGCGCUGCUGAGCUGCGCCUGCGCAGUAAGCGAGGAAACCCCAAACCGAAAGUAGUGAACCUCUCAGCCUGUGGGAAGAAAAAACACCAACUUACACCAAAAUACCACGUAAGGUUUCAGUGACAACAAGAAAUGUCUCGUAGAUAUGAUUCCCGAACAACCAUAUUUUCCCCUGAGGGACGCCUGUAUCAGGUGGAGUAUGCGAUGGAGGCGAUCGGUCACGCGGGAACAUGUCUGGGGAUAUUGGCCAAUGAUGGAGUGCUGUUAGCAGCAGAGAGACGCAACAUCCACAAACUUCUCGACGAGGUUUUCUUCUCUGAAAAGAUCUACAAGCUCAACGAUGACUUGGCUUGCAGUGUUGCUGGGAUCACAUCAGAUGCAAAUGUACUGACAAAUGAGCUGCGGCUAAUUGCACAGAGAUAUUUAUUGCAGUACCAGGAGCCAAUACCCUGUGAGCAGCUGGUGACAGCCCUGUGUGACAUCAAGCAGGCGUACACACAGUUUGGAGGUAAGAGGCCGUUUGGUGUUUCUCUGCUGUACAUGGGCUGGGACAAACACUAUGGCUUCCAGCUGUACCAGAGUGACCCCAGCGGCAACUACGGAGGCUGGAAGGCAACCUGUAUUGGCAACAACAGCGCUGCUGCCGUGUCCAUGUUGAAGCAGGACUUCAAAGAGGGAGAGAUGACUCUGUCCUCUGCUUUGGCUUUGGCUGUUAAAGUCCUCAACAAAACAAUGGAUGUCAGCAAGCUCUCAGCAGAGAAAGUGGAAAUUGCCACUCUGACACGGGAAGGCGGGAAGACAAAAAUCAAGGUGCUGAAACAGAAAGAAGUGGAGGAGCUCAUCAAGAGGCACGAAGCUGAGGAGGCCAAGACUGAGAAGGACAAAAAGGAAAAGGAGCAGAAGGAGAAAGACAAAUGAGCAAAAUCAUUCUUUUUUUCCCCUCAUGUCACCAAAUCCUGUGUUGUUUUUGUCUUUUACAUUAAACAUUUGUAAACUGAA